AUGGUUAAGAGGAAAGGAGGUUCUGUUGGUGGUUCCAAAGCAAAGAAAGCGAGGGAGACCCAAAUAGUGAAGAACGAGGAGGGUCCAGAUCGGAGCCCUGCCGGGGAAUCACCAAAAAAACCACUACUCAAAAAACCCCCAGCUUUCAGUCCAGACUCAAAAGGCAGGCGGUUUUGGCUGAUCAAAUCUGAACCGCUCACCAGAUUGGACGAUAAAACUGGGGAAGAUGUGGCUUUCCCUCUUUCUGAGUUUGCGAAGGUUGAGAGAGAACCAUGGGAUGGCGUGAGGAACUAUGAAGCCAGAAAUAAUCUGCUAUCAAUGGCAGUUAACGACAUUUGUCUCUUUUACCAUUCGAAUUGUCCCAAACCCGGAAUUGUUGGAAUAGCACGGGUGGUACAGGAGGCCUUUCCAGACGAGUCUCAGUUUGAUCCGAAAUCCAACCAUUUCGAUCCGAAAAGCAAAAGAGAGGAACCCAAAUGGUGGUGUCCCGCCGUGAAAUUCGUGGGAAGACUGAGGCACAAGGUAGCUGCAGCGGACCUCAAGAUUGAUUCGAGGUUUACUGAUCUCGCAUUGAAUAAGCGAGGUCGUUUGAGUGUGACUCCAGUGAGUGAGUCACACUUCAAGCUAAUACUGGAAAUCAGCAAGGAGGGAGACAUAGAAGACGACAUUGAUUGCGAGAUUAGUCGUAAAUAUAUUGUAGACGAAAUAUAG